GAACCGGUAUACCGUCAUCAACCGGUAGAGGUAAUCCAGACACCAGCCAAUUCAACGGCAAGAUCAUGGCGGCGAAGGCAGGCAAUGCGAGCGUGCUGGGCGGCAACGCCAGCGGUGAGUUCAUCUCCGUCGCAGGUCUGCGCGUGGACGGUCGCCGCAGCGAGGAGGUGCGCCGUAUCCGCACGCGCUUCGGGCUCUUCUCGCGCGUGGACGGUUCUUCGUACUACGAACAGGGUAACACCAAAGUGGUGGCGGUGGUCUACGGACCCCGCGAGCUGCGUACGGCCGCUGCAGGCUCCGUGAACAGCGGUGCAGCAGCCGUUGGUACCGGAUCGGGCAACGCUGCCAGCAACACGCAGCCGCGUGCCACGGUCAACUGCGAAUUCACACAGGCUGCCUUCGCCACGUCGGAGCGCAAGCCUCAGCGCAGCGGCGACCGCAAGAAGCUCGAGAUGUCGCUGGCUGUCAAGCAGAUUUUUGAGGCCUGCAUCCAAACGCAGCUGUAUCCGCGAUCUCAGAUCGACAUUUUUGUUCAGGUGCUGCACGCCGACGGCGGGGAGCUCCCAGCCAGUAUCAACGCCAUUACACUGGCGCUCAUUGACGCCGGCAUUGCGCUCAACGACUUUGUCGUGGCCUCCUCGGCCGGAUACUUGCAACAGACUAUGCUCUGCGAUCUGAACUACGCGGAGGAGGUGGCGCGCGCACCUCAGAUGAUCAUCGCGCUGAAUCCGCGCACGCAGAAGUUGAACCUGUUGCAAAUGGAGUGCAAGCUGCCGCUGGAGCUGGUCGAGAGCCUCAUGGAGGCGGCCACUGAGGGUUGCAACCAGAUCUACGACCUGCUGCAGAACGCCGUGCGUGAGAAUACGUGGAAGCGGCUACGUCUGCGCGGCUCCGCGGCCGCAUGAGAGACGACACUGUACGGAUACGCCAAGUAAGAGCAGUUAUAUAGGUUGGGCUUAGAACCGUUCUAGGACACAAAGUAUUUGAAUACCGCUUUCUACCGGUCUUUCCAAAAUACUGGUUUAAAUCGAUUUUAGCCAAUC